UGUGCAAGACUAAUAUUUUAUUCAAUAUGGCGGACGCAAUCGAAGGUGAUGGGUAGGGCAUUAAAAUAUGUCUCGUUUGGCAGAUUAUUUUGCCGUUAUUGGCAUUCCUAAAACAAGUUCGCCAGAUAGUCUGGCUGGAAAAGUGCUUCAACGAUUUCCAUCCCAAGACAGAAAAGAUGAUGCCUUUCCCGAAGCAAUCGAAAUGUUUUGCCAGCCUGCUGGAUGGGAGAUGUCAUAUUACAAAAAGGAAUCAACAUUUUUUGUAUCCGUUCUAACUGAUGUGGUCGGCAAUAGAAGCUAUGUAGCAUGCCUUUCGUUUCAUGAACCAUUCACUCUUGUAAAAAACAAAGAAGAUCUCAACUCUGGUAUAGAAACUGUUGACAUCACCAUUGAGUCAAGUGAUGGUACCCAAAGUUCUUCCAAGGAUGUUGAAAUGGAAGUAUACUAUCCCAAGUGUCUUUGUUUGAUAUCAAAGCUCUCAUACUUCAACAUUUUGAAGAGUUGCCUUGCUGCAAUUUAUACAUCAUGGAAAAAUGAAAAUGGAAUGCUACUUGAGAAAAUAGUUUCCUCGAUUCUUGGCUUCAUACGUGCUCCUUCAGUAGGUUCUGAUUCAAUAACAUUCUCCAUUGGUCUUGGAGAUAAGACAACACUAAGUCCACCAAUAUGGGAUGAAGUACCCGUCACUGGAAAGUCUGUGGCUAACUUAUUUCGUUUACUUGGAAUGCACAAUGUACUGUCUUUGUUUUGCGCGUUGGUCACGGAGAACAAAGUACUAAUGUAUUCCAGCAGUUAUUCCUUACUAACGAGUGCAUCACUGGGUCUCUUGGCUUUAUUGUAUCCUUUGAAAUUUAGUUACGUGUACAUACCAAUAUUACCAUCUCGACUGCUGGAUUUUAUCAGUGCCCCAACACCUUUUGUCAUAGGUGUUCAUACGAGCUAUAAAUUGAACAUUCCCGAAGUGAGCGAUGUUAUUGUCGAUCUUGAUGGUGGUCAUGUCAGUAUUCCAGAAUCUGUCAAUCUAUCAACCAUACCCGAACCUUAUUUAUCAAGAACAAGACAUGCUCUUACUCUGGUUCUCAAUCCAUAUCUUGUCGUAUCUGAUCUAACAUUUCCACCUCACGUCAACCCAUCACCUUUAAAUCUUCAGGAUAAAGAAGUUCGUGCGAUAUUCAUGCGCUUGUUUGCUCAAUUAUUUUCUGGAUACAGAUCAUGUUUAAAAGUAAUAAGAAUUCAUCCUAAACCAGUCAUCACAUUUCAUAAGGCAUCUUUUACUGAGAAGCGGGGUGUUUUGGGCGAUGAUUUUUUUAAUAAGGUUUUAGAUAGUAUAAGUUUUAACCAAUUUAUUACGGAACGUGGUCCUCCACAUAGAACAUGUGAUCUAUUUGAUGACCUCGUGGCCAACAUCGACGAGGUAUUGACGAACGAAAUGAAUCUUGAUGCAGAGAUCUGCGGAAAUAUUAAACAAAUCGCCAAGAAACUUUACGAUAAUGAAUCAAGUAAUUGCGCCGAAGAUGAUAUUCACAAUUUCCUUGCGCCACUCAAAGAAAAUCAGCCCACCGUUUUCCCGUUACUCGACUCGUCUAUCAUCAAUAAACAACUUGCUGAUUACGAUGCCAGCGCAGGGGAUCCGACAGCGAAUCGUGUUCAGUCAUUUGGCAAGGUCCCGUAUGGAUCAGGAGAAUUUAGUUUUCAAACAAAGCACUAUAUUAACGUUCGCAAGCUGGACGUUCUUCGUGACUGCGUCGCUUACAUAUUUGAGAAUAAGAUUUCGGAAGCCAGAAAGGCAUUACCCUCCGUUCAAAGGGCGUUGAAGUCACGUGGAGCACAACUGGCGUUAUGUCAAGAGCUUGCUGCACGUUCUGAACAACAUAGAGCUGUUCUUGAACAUGAUCAGUUUGUUUUGGUUAUCACAUUAAUGAACUGUGCAUUACAGGAUGAUGCGAGUUUGAGCGAUGGUGCUGUUGCAUCAGCCUUACUUCCUUUGACGUCAGAGUUUUGCAGGAACCUAAAACCAGGAGUGAUGCAAUUUGCAUACACUUGCGUUCAAGAACAUCCCAUUUGGCAAAAUCCGCAGUUUUGGGAAGAAACGUUCUUUAGCGAUGUUCAAACGGAUAUAAAGCAUUUAUACGAUGGAACAAGCACUAAAAAGAGGCUAUCCACCGAUAAACUGUUAGCCCAUAGUUCUGGCAUUUUUGAACGCCUAUCCACUCCACGAAACUCACGGAACAGCCUCACGCAAGCAUCGCCUCCGUCAUUAGUACCAAAACAAGACCUCAUUGUUAUCACGAAAUCUGGUAUCUACCCGCAGGAUGUAUCUGAUUCUGAUUUGAUAGUGAAUGAUGAAGCGUUAGAUAUUGCUGCUAAGCAGCUUGGCAUGUGGGAAACAUUUUCAAAAGAUUCACAAAAGACAUACGUAACAAACGAGGAAAGCAUCGUGUUCAGCCAAGCCAUCCACUUCGUCAAUCGUAUGGUGUAUCUCAUGAUACCCCUCAGUGUCUCUCAAAUGGUUAAACCAAAGAAGAGACGUCAAAACGAUGUCAUUCUAGAAAAUACUGGGGUGAAAGAGAACGUAGAUGGAUCCAUUGCAAACACUAGUAUUGGAUCAGAUGGUCGUGCUAAUCCCGGUAAAAUUGUUCCUCGAAGUACAAAUGGAUCUGUCAGUGAUGUCAAUGAUACCACCACGGGGGUGGGUAGUGUGUAUGGGGACGUCCAUGCUGGUGACCACUGGGAAGAUGAUGAAACGGACACAAUUAUUGAUGAAGUGACGAGAUUUGUUAUUCGCUUUGUGGAUAGAGUUGGAACAGUUGCAGGAAUUUCAACCGACCAUUUGAAGUCUCUUUACAGCUUGGUGCCAAGUGUGGUGACUAUGCACACAGAAUCACUGGAACCAGUUUACAGAGAAUAUAAACAACUUGCUCCUAUUCGAAAGGCUAAAAUAAUCCGACCCGCCAUGUUGCCUCUUGAAGAAAUGCAAAUGGAUGGACUUCGCUGUUAUUUAAUUCCGGAUGGUCGGGAGACUGGCACUGGUGUGCAUUAUGGCGGUCCUGUUAUUCCUGCGGAAGGCGCUGUAUUUGUUACUAAUUAUCGGAUUAUAUUUAAAGGAACUCCUCUUGAUGAAUUUGCUUCAGAAAUGAUCGUGACGAGAAGUUUUCCAAUUGGAUCCUUAGUGAGAGAUAAGAAACUCCCAGCUCAGUAUUUGCGACAUCUUAGAUCUUGGUUGCAAGAAUGUGUUCAAUUGCGAUCUGCGACGUUUCAGAUGUUAAAGCUUUGUUUUGAUGAGGAGGUCGGUGCCGAGAAAAUUGAACUGUUUCGUAAAACGUUGACGCGAUUACGAUAUCCUUCAUCGGUCUUAGACACAUUCUCGUUUAAAGAAGCGGACAAGAAACCACCUGCAGUUGUUCGCCUGCAAAUCCCACCCGCAGAAAGUCAACCGCGCAAUACUGGCGCUAGAAUACCUCGGGCUGUUAGUGAUAUUCGAAAGGAAGCAAAGCAAGCGAGAGGAUCGAUGAAACGAGGCCAAACUCGAAAUGGCAUAUCAUCCCCUAGAUUACCUAGGAAUAAUUUUUCAUCUGAUGGUUCUGUAGAAAGUAUGAGCGGCGAACAGGUUGAUGGAUCUUUUGUGGUACGAAAUGCGCCGGUUAUUGAAAACUUGAAUUCAACCCCGUAUUGUGAGGAGUAUAAAAGACUUGGCUUUGGCUCUGUACUUGACGAACGUAUAGGGAGUAAAAGUGGAUCUUGGAGGCUUUCUAUGGUCAAUCUUUCGUACGCAGCCUGCCGAAGUUACCCGGCUGUUUUAGUGGUGCCACAACACGUGACCGAUGACUCUUUGUUGCGAGUGUCUAAAAACCAUCGCCAUAUGCGUUUUCCUGUUGCGACGUGGAGACAUAAAGUCAAUAAAUUCGCCGUUUUAUUGCGAUCUUCUGCCAUUGAACGAAGCUCUGUGGCAUCCAUCAUUCGCUCUGGUGUAGCUGCAAGUGGUGGAAGCACUGACGCAAUACGUUCAUCCAACGUGGAGCAAGAUAAAUAUUUAUCUGCCGUUGUGUCUUCAAAUUCUGUAUCGUGGAAUAAAGCGGAGGCGAAACAUCGUUCACUGGCAGCCAACGUCAGCAUGUCUAAAGCAACGAUGAAUCUACGAUCAAAUGACAAGGCAUCUAAACGUGUUUCUGUUGUGGAUUCCGUUGACAAAGCAAUAACUGAGCAAGGAUGGGAGCCUGCUGCACUAUACGUUUUUGGAGACAAAAGCAAUUUAAAGAAUUUAAAGAAAGAUUCGUAUACCAAUAUUGAUUUUGUUCCUAUUGAGAUACCGGAUGUACGUGAUCUCAAAACCAGCUUACGUAAGUUGUUCAAAGUUUGCUGUCCCAGCAAUCCCCCUAAAGAUUCCACUCAAGGUGAUCCAUUUUUCAAGUCGUUGCAAGAUACUGAUUGGUUGAAGCAGUUAUCGCUUGUACUUCGGAUAUCCGGUGCUGUCGUAGAUCUUUUGGACAUUCAGGGAUCAUCUGUUCUUGUCUCGUUUGAAGAUGGAUGGGACAUUACUACACAAGUGACGUCAUUUGCUCAAGUAAUGUUAGAUCCAUACUACCGAACGAUUAAUGGUUUUAAAAUUUUAGUUGAAAAAGAAUGGUUGUCCUUUGGACAUCGUUUCUCACAUCGCUGUAAUCAUACACAUUCAACUCAAUCAAGUGGAUUCACGCCUGUUUUCUUGCAAUUUCUUGAUGGCGUCCAUCAGAUAUUACGUCAGUAUCCACUAUCCUUCGAAUUCAACGAGUAUUAUUUACAUUUUCUCGCCUAUCAUCAUGUCUCCAUGCGUUUUCGUACGUUUUUACUGGAUUCAGAGCACGAACGUGUGCAGAUGGGUUGGCUAUCAGAUGCUGAAAAGAAAGAUGCAAAGACUUCUAAAUCUCACAUAAAAAGUCUUUGGGAUUACAUCGACAUGCUACACAAAAAAUCAUCAUUAUUUUAUAAUUUCAAGUUUUCGAAAGAACAUUCUGAAAAGGUGCUUCGUCCUCAUUGCAACGUUUCCAAUCUAAAAUUAUGGAGUUAUUUUGUUUCGGAGAAUGUCUCCACUGGUCCAGAGUUUGAUCAAGAAGUUAUAAAUGAGACAGAAACUGCUGCCGAAGAAGGACAACAGAAGUUAGAAGACAAGUACGAUGCCAACAGACGCUGUCGAAGUGGUAUGUUUGGUGGAUCGGUUCAUUACGACAAUAGUAGCUGUGCAUAUCAUUUGUACGAAUAUAAUCGCAUCGAAGAAGAGGCUGACAAACACGCAACUCGUUGGAAAAAUAUAUGGCAGCGUUUGGAACAGCCUAAAAUAACGAAAACGUUUUUAACAUACAAUGAAGAACUUUCCAGAGUCCGUAGUGGUGUACUACACAAACGAGAUACAAUGGACAUAAUACUUGAGGGGAAACUUCAAAUCGAAGACUACAGUAACCAAGGUUUUUCACGACCUCAUUCAUUUGAACCUCACAGUUUCUUUACGCCAACCAACUGCGAUUUCUGUCUACAAGUGAUAUGGAAUAUUGGAAAAGGAGGAUUCAGAUGCACAGAAUGUGGAUACAACUGUCACGAGAAAUGCUUAUCACGUGUUCCUAAAACGUGUCCUAAUUACAAGAAUCUAAAAGACCAGAAUGAUAGAAUGCCAUCAACUAGUAACAAAAGCUUACACGAGUCUCCAAGUAUAAACAAAUCUUCGAAUUUGUGUGGGUAUCUAUGGAAACGAGGUGCUUUAUUCAAACAAUGGAAGCAACGGUAUUUUGUAUUGGAUACGGAAAGACAUCAGCUUCGUUACUAUGAUGAAGUAAGCGAUGUUCAUUGUCAAGGUGUUGUCAACUUAUCUGAAAUUAUUUCAUGUGAAAUGUCACAGUUGAAUUCAAACGAGAAGCAAGUUUUUUCGACCUUUAAGCUUCGUACAGAGAAACGAUUGUAUAAUUUGUAUGCUGCGACGGAGGAAGAAGCCAAGAAAUGGAUAUCUAAAUUACAAAGCUUGGAUACGUAG